UUGGCCUCACUGUAACGAUGCAAAGCCUUGAUGAAGUGGACCUCUGUUUCCCACAACUGAACGCCUCCUGCAGGAAGACGGCAUUGCCUCCGCUUGUGUCCAUGAUCACUUACAUCAUGCUAACGUUCAUUGGUCUGCUCACUGUGAUUCUCAACCUGCUCGUCAUUGUCUCCAUCUCUCACUUCAGGAAGCUCCACACCCCGACCAAUAUCCUCCUCCUUUCUCUGGGUAUCUCAGAUUUCUUUGUGGGCAUCCUCAUUUUCAUUCAAACCUCUGCGAUAGACAGUUGCUGGUUCCUUGGUGACUUCAUGUGUAUCCUGUAUUACGUGUUGAUGUACAUCACCACCUCUGCCUCGAUAGGAACCAUGAUUCUUAUAUCAGUUGAUCGCUAUGUGGCUAUUUGUGACCCAAUGCAUUACCGAACCAAAGUCUCUGAAAAAAGAGUUAAGAUGUGUGUCUGUGCUUGUUGGGGGGGUUCGACCCUCUGUCACUGUUUGCUGCUGAGGCACAACCUGAAACACCCAGGCAGCCUGAAUUCCUGCAUUGGAGAGUGUGUCAUUCUAAUCAGUAACAUCUCUUCAGUCAUAGACAUGACUGUGUCCUUUAUUGGUCCUGUCAUAGUCGUAGUCGUCCUGUAUCUCAGAGUCUUUGUGGCGGUCAUCGUUCAGGUCCGUGCCAUGCGAGUGCGCACGGCAGCCGGUCCUCAACAAAGCUUGGUCAAAGUAAAGAAAUCCGAAUUGAAAGCGGCGCGGACUCUCGGCGUUGUUAUUGUUGUGUUUUUAUUAUGCCUCUGCCCGUUUUUUUGCGGUACAGUGACAGGUGUGGAUACCCUGCUCAGUGCAUCCAGUAAUGCAUUUCUUUUACUUCUGAUCUACAUAAACUCCUGUUUAAACCCCCUGAUAUAUGCCUUUUUCUAUCCAUGGUUUAGAAAAUCUAUCAAACUAAUUUUUACACUUCAAAUACUGAAGCCUGGCUCAUCUGAUUGUCCGUGCUAUGCAAGCACGCACAGCAGCCGGUCCUCAACAGAGCUCGGUCAAAGUAAAGAAAUCAGAAAUGAAAGCGGCACGGACUCUCGGUGUUGUCAUCAUUGCGUUUUUGACACCCUGCUCAGUGUGUCAAGUGAUGCAUCAAUUAUACUUCUGUUCUACUUUAACUCAUUUUUAAACCCACUUAUUCAUGCCUUUUUCUAUCCCUGGUUUAGAAAAUCUAUCAAACUAAUUUUUACACUUCAAAUACUGAAGCCCGGCUCCUCUGACUUUAACAUUACAUUACAUUACAUGUCAUUUAGCAGACGCUUGUUUGUUAUGAUGUGA